CUUACAAGAAAAGAGCAUGGAGAGUCGAAGGAUGGCCGAAUUCCGGAAGCAGAUAGGAAUCCCAAGGCGGAAUAAAGCAAACGAUCGGGAGCAGAUUCUCUGGACGUUCCUCGAAUAAAGUCAUUAUCAGUACUCCUCCAUUCGCAAUAAUCGCCUCAAUCCUCUCGAUUUUCGUUCCCGAGCUGCAAUUGGAAGAAGCGAUGGGAACUGAGGUGCCGAUCGAGCGACCUUUGGUGUUUGCGUAUUACGUCACAGGCCAUGGCUUCGGCCACGCCACUCGCGUUGUUGAGGUCGCCAGGCAUCUCAUUCUCGCCGGACACGAUGUCCACGUCGUCACCGGCGCGCCGGAUUAUGUCUUCACCUCUGAAAUAAAGUCUCCUCGGCUUUUUCUCCGGAAAGUGCUGUUGGAUUGCGGAGCAGUUCAGGCAGACGCCUUGACUGUCGAUCGUCUUGCUUCACUGGAGAAGUAUUCUGAAACGGCGGUUGCUCCUCGGGACACCAUUUUGAAGACUGAAGUGGAAUGGUUGAAGUCCAUCAAUGCAGACUUAGUGGUAUCAGAUGUGGUUCCGGUGGCUUGUCGAGCAGCAGCCGAUGCUGGGAUACGCUCUGUUUGUGUCACCAAUUUUAGUUGGGACUUCAUCUAUGCAGAAUAUGUAAUGGCUGCUGGCCACCAUCAUCGAUCCAUAGUUUGGCAGAUUGCCGAGGAUUAUUCGCACUGUGAAUUUCUUAUCCGCCUCCCAGGAUACUGCCCGAUGCCUGCAUUCCGUGAUGCAAUUGACGUGCCGUUGGUGGUUAGGAGAUUGCAUAUGUCGCGUGAAGAGGUGAGAAGAGAGCUAGGAAUUGGGGAGGAUGUCAAAAUUGUUAUCCUCAACUUCGGCGGACAGCCUUCCGGCUGGACUUUAAAGAAGGAGUACCUGCCAGAUGGUUGGCUUUGUUUGGUUUGUGGUGCAUCAGAAAGUAUGGAUGUUCCUACAAAUUUCGUAAAACUGGCAAAGGAUACGUACACUCCUGAUGUCAUAGCUGCAUCCGACUGCAUGCUAGGAAAAAUUGGGUAUGGAACUGUUAGCGAGGCCUUGGCAUUCAAGAUACCGUUUGUUUUUGUUCGAAGGGACUACUUCAAUGAAGAACCUUUUUUGAGGAAUAUGCUUGAGUCUUAUCAAGCUGGUGUUGAGAUGAUACGAAGAGAUUUACUUACCGGACACUGGAAACCAUACCUGGAACGUGCAAUUAGCUUAAAACCGUGCUAUGAAGGUGGCAUAAAUGGUGGAGAGGUUGCUGCUCGUAUAUUGCAGGAUACCGCCUUUGGGAAAAAUUGCACGUCUGAUAAGCAUAGUGGCGCUAGGAGAUUGCGUGAUGCUAUUGUUCUUGGGUACGAAUUGCAAAGGGUUCCGGGAAGAGAUCUCAGCAUCCCCGACUGGUAUGCGAAUGCAGAAAAUGAACUUGGUCUCCGUACGGGAUCUCCAACUGCUGAAAUGAAUUGUGUUAGCUUCUUCAUGGAUGCAUUGCCGGAGGACUUUGAAAUUCUUCAUGGAGACCUUUUAGGUCUUCCGGAUACCAUUAAUUUCUUGAAGAGCCUUUCAGAACUUGGCGCUGCUCUUAAUUCUGAAAAUAGCAGUGAGAAGCGCCGAAUGAGGGAGCAAAAGGCUGCAGCUAGUCUGUUUAACUGGGAGGAAGACAUAUUUGUUGCAAGAGCGCCUGGACGAUUGGAUGUCAUGGGUGGAAUUGCCGAUUACUCUGGAAGCCUUGUGCUGCAGUUGCCUACGAGAGAAGCUUGCCAUGUCGCGGUGCAAAAGAUCCAUCCGUCGAAACAGAGACUGUGGAAGCACGCACAGGCUCGGCUAAAUGCUAAAGGACAAGGACAAACACCUGUUCUGCAAAUUGUAUCUUAUGGAUCCGAAUUAAGCAAUCGAGGGCCAACCUUCGAUAUGAAUCUUUCCGAUUUCUUGGAUGGAGAUCAGCCAAUGUCUUAUGAAAAUGCUAGGAGUUACUUCGCUCGGGAUCCAUCGCAAAAAUGGGCAGCGUACGUUGCAGGAACCAUUCUAGUCCUGAUGAAAGAACUCGGCAUUCGCUUCAAUCACAGUAUUAGUGUGCUGGUUUCGUCAGCCGUCCCUGAAGGCAAAGGCGUCUCGUCUUCUGCCGCUGUGGAAGUUGCUACCAUGUCUGGCAUUGCUGCUGCUCACGGAUUAAAUAUCAAUCCUCGAGAUCUUGCGCUGCUGUGUCAAAUGGUGGAGAAUCAUGUAGUCGGAGCUCCAUGUGGCGUCAUGGAUCAGAUGACUUCUGCGUGCGGCGAAGCUAACAAACUUCUUGCGAUGAUCUGCCAGCCUGCUGAGGUAUUAGGCCUCGUCGAUAUUCCAAAUCACAUUAGAGUUUGGGGAAUCGACUCUGGAAUCCGUCACAGUAUAGGUGGAGCUGAUUACGGAUCUGUAAGGAUCGGGGCAUUCAUGGGUCGAAAAGUCAUAAAGUCUAUAGCUUCAGCAUUGCUAUCGCAGUCUUCGGACGAUCUUGAAGAGGACGGAGUCGAACUUCUUGAGAACGAGGCUAAUUUAGACUAUCUAUGCAAUUUGUCGCCGCACAGAUACGAAGCUCUCUAUGUUAAGCAGCUUCCGGAAACUGCGCUCGGCGAGGCAUUCUUGGAGAAAUACUCGGACCACAACGAUUCGGUCACUGUCAUAGAUAAGAAGAGGAAGUAUGCGCUAAGAGCAGCCACCGGACAUCCGAUAUACGAGAAUUUUCGAGUCAAGGCUUUCAAAGCGCUGCUGACAUCUGCAUCGUCGGAUUAUCAGUUAACCGCCCUCGGAGAGUUGAUGUACCAGUGUCACUACAGUUACGGCGCCUGUGGGCUCGGCUCAGACGGAACGGACAGGCUCGUCCAGCUCGUACAAGAAAUGCAGCACAAUAAGUUGUCGAGGGCCUCCGAAGGAACUCUGUAUGGCGCAAAGAUCACCGGCGGAGGAUCCGGUGGAACUGUCUGCGUCAUUGGCCGGAACUGCUUGCGUAGCAGCGAGCAAAUUCUUCAGAUUCAGCAACGGUACCGAGCAGCCACCGGCUACCUCCCGAUCAUUUUCGAGGGAUCGUCUCCCGGCGCCGGCAAGUUUGGCUAUCUCCGAAUCCGACGACUAGCUAAGAACUUGAAUUGAGCUAAACAUUCAAUAUUUAAAGUCGAGAUGUUUAAGAUUAAAAUCUCGAUCGAUGUUCGUUCGUUAAAAGUUACAAAUCGAAAAUGUUAUUUGAUGGUAUUGUAAGGAACCCAACUCAACAAAUUUACUGUGUAGCUUUCGUAAGCAUAUAAAUAAUUUUUUUUUA